GUGUAUCACGUGACGCCCGCGCUUGUUGCCCUGGAAUCAGCUGAUCCUUUCAGGGACGUUUCAUUGCCAGAACACCGAGACGGGUCUCGAGCUUAAAACCUUCUCGCGUUCUGCGUUUUUAAGACGGUGAAAUCCCCGCACAGACAGACAGACAGACAGACAGACAGCAGUCAUGGCGCUGAGCGACGCGGACGUCCAGAAGCAGAUUAAGCACAUGAUGGCUUUCAUUGAGCAGGAAGCCAAUGAAAAAGCAGAGGAAAUUGAUGCCAAGGCGGAAGAAGAGUUUAACAUUGAGAAGGGUCGCCUAGUGCAGACUCAGAGGCUAAAGAUCAUGGAAUACUAUGAAAAAAAGGAAAAACAAAUUGAACAGCAGAAGAAAAUUCAGAUGUCGAACCUGAUGAAUCAGGCCAGGUUGAAGGUGCUGAAGGCUCGGGAUGACAUGAUCUCGGACAUGCUAAACGACGCACGUCGCCGACUUGCUAAUGUAGCCAGAGAUCCGACCCGGUACUCGGUGCUGAUGGACGGACUGGUGCUUCAGGGAUUUUAUCAGCUACUCGAACCCAAAGUGACGAUCCGAUGCCGUAAGCAGGACUUGCCCUUGGUGCAGGCUGCUGUGCAGAAAAACAUCCCCAUCUACAAAGCAGCUGUAAAGAACAACCUUGAAGUGCGGAUUGACCAAGACAACUUCCUUCCAGCUGAUACCUCGGGUGGAAUUGAGAUUUAUAACUCGGACGGUAAGAUUAAGGUGUCUAACACUCUGGAGAGCAGGCUGGAGCUUCUGGCACAGCAGAUGAUGCCUGAAAUCCGAGUUGCCCUGUUUGGUGCUAAUCAGAACCGCAAAUUCAUGGAUUAAUCACUCAUCAUCUCCAUGAGCAUUCAGGACCAUAAAGGGGGGGGGGGGGGGGGUUCCCACUUAGAUUAAAAACAGAGUGACGUCAUGUGACUAAGUAAUAUUUAACUUAUGAAUUGUAUGUAUAUGUUUGGUGUAUUUUGUGAUUCAUUGUGAACUCUACACUUCCUAUGUUUACAAGUAAGUCUGAACACUUGCACUCGAGACUCGAAUUCAAGUCUUACUGAUAAGUGGACGUUCGCCAAUUUCAGUUUGCUUUAUAGUAGACAUUACGACAUUACAGUGUUUGCUUUUGUAGGAUGUUUACCUUUUUCCCCUGUUGUCCCUUGUUGUGCAGAUCAUGUGCUGUAUAAAAAAAACUUUGUUCAAAUACUGAGAUUACAUGAAUGUUCAAGUAAUAUAAGGAAAUAAAGAAGUAUUUAAUGUC